AAAAAAAAAAAGAAAAAAAGAAAUCUGGGAAUAAAAAGACCAAUACUGACGAUAACGAAAGGCGGGCGCGCCCGGGAGCCGCGCCCGUCGCCGGCUGCGUGGAAGGGGCCGCGCUGCCCGGCGCCCCCGGAAGCCGCCAAGGGCUCGGCGCGGCGCGGCGUGCCCGGCCUGGCCUCCGCCGCGCCCGGCCGCGCCGCCCGCCGGGCCCCGCCGGGAGCGCGUCUCGCCUUGUUCCGGUGGCCGCGGCCCGCCCUGCCCGGCGCGCCCCCGACCCCACCCGCCGCCUCCUCCCCGCCCGCCCCCGGGGCGCGGAGCGCGGCUGUGCGGGAGAGACAAUAGAGGGGCCGGGCGGGCUCCGCGCAGCCCUGCGCGCCCCGGGGAUGGAUGGCGAGGAUGCGGGAGGCGGCGGGGCUGCUGUGAAGAAAGUCGUGGGGCUGGCCGGAGGCUGGAGAGCGGGACAUGUUGCUGGUGCCCCCCUGAUGCUCUGCUGGCGAAGGGGAGGCUGGUGAGGAGCUGGAGGACGGCGACGCGAGGCCACGGCGGGGGAAAUCCGAGGCUCCGGCUGGGAAACCAUGGGGAGAUGCAAUGGGAGAUGUACGCUGGUCGGAUUCUGCUGCCUGCAGCUGGUAGCGGCGCUGGAGAGGCAGAUCUUUGAUUUCCUGGGCUACCAGUGGGCACCCAUCCUGGCUAACUUUUUACACAUCAUGGCUGUUAUUUUGGGUAUUUUUGGGACCAUCCAGUACAGAUCCAAAUACCUCAUGAUGUACGCGGUGUGGCUGGUGCUGUGGGUCGGCUGGAACGCCUUCAUCAUCUGCUUCUACCUGGAGGUCGGACGCUUGUCGCAGCUUUUUGGCUUCGUUUACGCCUGUUACGUCAGCAAAGUGUUCCUGGAGGAAGAAGACAGCUUCGACUUCAUCGGUGGGUUUGACUCCUACGGCUACCAGGCGCCACAGAAGACAUCACACCUACAGCUACAGCCGCUCUACACAUCUGGGUAACCUCCUCCCGCCCUGGAUCCGGCUCCGGCCCGGCGUGGGAGCUGGAGGCGACCGGACGCCCCUAGAGCGAACUGUCCCACACCCCAUGAUACGACCCCUGGCGAGGGGGGGGACGACGCCGAGCCGCCCGGUCCCCUCCUGCCUCCUCGCACCCUGCAAGACCCCUGAAAACAGAGCCGGGAGCUGCACAUUCAUCCCACCCUGGACGCCUCCGAGCCCAAACCACCCACCCACCGCAGGAUCAGGGGGGCUGGAUAUUGGGGGACCCCCCCAAGCCGCGCUGCCCUCCCAGGCUCCCACUCCCUCCCCAGGAUGGGGACAUGGGGACACGCGGGGAGGUGGCAUCGCUUGCCGGACACUGUUUUCUUCUCUUUCUCCCAGCCUGGUUUUUCCUUGGAGCAGCAGGGCCCUUCCCAGCCUGCCGGGCAGGAGGGGAGCCCAGAGCAGGAUUGGGGCGAAAACCAGCCAGUUUGGAGCAAAUGGGACUGGGGCGGGGAUAAACACCUCUUUGGGGACAGCGGGGCAUGCAGGGCAGCUUCGUCCUCCGCAGGGUUGGGAUGACUUCAUGAAACGCCGGGUUUUGGAGUUGGGCUGGCCCCAAAACUGGGGUUUUUGCUCCCAAAAGGAGUUUUCCAGCCCCGCUGGUUGGAUGUAAUGGCGUCAAGGGGCUCGGUCUGGGAUGGUCCCCUCACCCCGAGGACCUGGAUCUGGCCAUCAGCAUCUUGCCUCACCCCCCCCAGACCUGGGGAUGGUGGGGGGGGCAGAGCACCCCAAAAUCCCUCCACAAUCCCCCCAUCCCUGCCACAUUUCCAGGGGGUCUUGCUCAAAUUUGGCAAUACUGACGCUGCUUUUGACACAGCCCCUUUCCGGCUGUUUUAACGAAUCUAAUGAAUGUUUUAGGUUGGUUUUUUUUUUUUAAUUAUUGGGGUUCUUUUUUUUUUAAUUUAAAGUGCCUGAGUGGACUCUGGCUGAGCACGAUGCCCUGGCGAGCCUGCGCUGGGCCGCCCCCGAGGCCGACAUUGUGCCUUCAGCAACGCUUUGCCCACCCCGGGGCUGCCUUGGUGCCCCCCAGCCCCUUGCCCAGGGCUGCAGGGGGGCAGCUUGGUGCUCCUCUGACCCCCCCAGCCCCUCCAUCCAUUGGGGGUCUUGGUGGCAAAUCCAUCCAUCAGGUGCAGUGGCAAAAAAGGGUGAUGUCGGCAUGUGGGGAAUGGUUAUUUUGGGGGGGGGGCGGAAUGUGCAAGGUCUGUUGGGCAGCAAUCGCUUGGCAAAAUGAAGAUGAGCUGGGAAUUAAAAGCCUUGGAAGAAGGUGGAAGGGAGAAAGUAGUUUCAGGAAGCAUCCCGGCUCCCCCGACCAACUUGUUCUCCUUCUUUUCCCAGAUGUGGGGUGCGGCUUCUCCCGGAUCCCUGGAUCUCGUCCCAAGCCCACCCUUUGCCUCUGGGAGCAGGGGGAGUCGCAACAAUUUUGCUUCCCAGGAGUUUUUCAUCCAGUCGUGGGGGUUAUUAGGGGAUUUAUUUUUGCACCCUGGAGUGAUUUUUUUUGUCCUUCCCAACAAGCAGCCGUGAAGUGCCAACGACGGAGGCUGCCCGAGCCCAAACCCUGGGCAGGGGACAGGCUGCAUCCCCCCGCCAGUCCCUCUGCCACAUCCAGCCAAGCUGCGAACUUUACAGGCAAUAAUUUUUUCUGCCCUUUCCCCUCUUUUUUCCAAGGAAAACUGUGUUUUUCAAGCAACGGAUACCCCCCAUCCCCCAAAACACAUCCCCAUCCCCAAGCACUGCCCAGCCCUGGGAACGGCAGCAUCUCCAGGGUUUAUUUUCCUCUCCAGGACCAAGGAUGCUCUCACUGACCCACCAUGAGACCAUGGGAUGGGAUGGGAUGGGAUGGCAGACACCCACCCACCUGCUCGAAGCCCUUCUCAAGCCCAACAGGAAGCAGAAGGAAAAGCUUGCCGUCAUUUAAAACUCAUUCAGAAGAGCUUCCCUCCGUCCUGAGCUCGACAGGAGCCAGGCACCGGCCCUCCAUGACCUUGUUUUUUUUCUUUUCCGUUGGCUUGUUUUUAUAUAAGACUGUAUUUGUAACGUGAACCGAGGAUUUCUUUUCUAUUCUGUAAUUAUAAAAGUUGAAGGAAAGUUUCAUCCGA